GUGUUUUAUUUCAAACUGCUCGUUUUCAAUUUAUUGGUGCAUUAGUAUUAAUCGUAAUGGAAAGCCUUAAGUGCUCAGAUAUUGCAACUAUCGCGAUAAUUGGUGAUAUUAGUUUUGCAGGAAUUGUCUAUAAAAAUGUGAAAAAUGGACACUGUACAUAUAAUGAAUCAUUUGCAUCAGUAAAAAAUGAAUUUAAAGGUGUGGAUCACAUAAUUGGAAAUUUUGAAUGUCCAAUAGGAGAUGUAGAAAACCCCCCUAAACCUCUGCUAAAAUCUAAAAAAGUACAUCUUAUAGCAGAACGUGACUCUAUCCAAGCUUUAAAUUAUUUAAAUGUCAGUGCUGUGGCUUUGGCAAAUAAUCAUCUCAUGGACUUUAAAGAGCUGAUAAAUCCAACCAUGAGUUUGAUUAAAAAUGCAAAUAUACAAUACAGUGGUGUUACACUGACAAGUUCUAUAACAGCUAAACAGAAACCAGUAAUUUUGCAUUCUAAUAAUGUUUCCAUUGGUGUUUUAUCAUACUGUGCAAAUGUUGAAGGCUGCACAAUGAUCAGAAACAAAAGUGAAGUUGGAGUAGCAAUAGUAGUAAACUAUACUUUUGCAGCUGAAGAAGCAAAGGAAUUAAAAAAGAGUGUUGAUGUUGUGAUUGGAAUUUUCCACUGGGGUGACGAAUAUGCUGUUUUACCUGAGAAAGGUUCAUUCUUGAAAAUUGCAAAUUUUUUAAACCCUCAUUUUGAUGUUGUGGUGGGAAUGCAUCAACAUGUAAUCAGUGGACAUUUUUACUUCAAAGGAACUCUGUUUGUACUUGGACUUGGAAAUUUUCUAUUUCCAAUGCAUUUAACACCAGCAUAUAAAUUUAAUGUGUUUCGAAAACCAAAAAAAAGUACAGAGAAGUUCUGGUACAGACUAUCUAAAAAGUACAAAAAUACCUCUGCAUUCGGGAAGAUCCUCAAAUUAAACUUUAACAAAAAUGGAUUGAUAAAAAACAAGUCGUUUUAUGAAAACGUAGUUGUUGAUGUCAGCAAAAAAAAAUGUUUGUACACAAAACGGAAACCAAACAGUUCUUGGCAGGUUUUAUGUAAUAAAGACGACGAGGAUUGUUUGGGGACUUCAAAAUGCAAUCCAGUUUUUUGCGGUGGAACUGAAUAAAAGCAACGGUUGUAGUGAAUAAAAUUUGCCGUCGUAAAUAAAAAUUUCGUAACACUUUGUUUGA